UGAAUCACAAGGCCAGGGGAAUCCCAAACCGCAAGAGAACUUACAAACCUACUUAACUUUGCCAACCCCCCGAAUAAUCCGACUUUGUCCUUCCUCCUGCGUCGGAAUCCUUUUCAGCUCCGCUACCCUCAGACUUCAACUCCCCCGCACAUUGGAGGCCUUUCGGCUGCUGACACGAACAACGCACCAACCACAAUGGAUCACGAUCAGUCUGUUCAGUACUUGGAAGGCCUAUUGGGUCGCACACUGCGGAUUCAUACCACGGAUACUCGGAUGUUUGUUGGGCUUUUCAAGUGUACUGAUGCGGACCGAAAUAUCAUCCUCGCCAACUCCUUUGAAUACCGUAUGCCCACCACUUCUGCCGUACAAGCCGCUGCAGAGGAGAAGCAGUCGUGGGGAGAAGGGUCGGAAGCAAAGAGCACAACUGUCAAAGUGAACAUGACACAUCGGUUGAUAGGCCUCAUUGUCAUCCCAGGACGUCACAUUACGAAAAUAGAGCUGGAGUAA